CGUUGAAUCAUUUUUUCGUACGGUAUUACUUCGUUAUGUUAUAAAGUGGGCAUCGGGAUUAAUAUUGGGAAUGCCGUGUAAAGUAUCGCGCGAUUGUUAUAUUCUGAUUAUCAGUGCGCGAUCGUGUUUUCGCGAGUGUUUAGUGCAACAAGGAAGCUGCCAAGGAGACAUCAGGAAGGUAGAGGAGGCCUGGGAGGCAUCGGGCAAUGGCGGAACAACUAUAGAGGGACCGAGCUUCAGCGCACCAAUAACAAACGUGACGGUCCCAGUGGGAAGAGAGGCUAUCCUCUCCUGUGUCGUGGCGAACCUUUCUACGUACAAGGUGGCAUGGCUGCGGGUGGACACGCAAACCAUCCUGACGAUAGCCAAUCACGUGAUAACGAAGAAUCACAGAAUCGGCGUCACGCACAGCGAGCACAAAACGUGGCUGUUACAUAUACGUGAUGUCCGUGAGAGCGAUCGAGGGAACUACAUGUGUCAGAUAAACACUGACCCGAUGAAGAGUCAGAUUGGUUAUUUGGAGGUUGUAGUUCCGCCGGAUAUUUUGGAUUAUCCUACGAGUACAGACAUGGUAGUGAGAGAGGGCAGUAACGUUUCGCUGCGUUGUGAAGCAACAGGGUCACCGACACCAAACAUCACCUGGAGGAGGGAAGACGGCGAGUUGAUAAAUCUUGGAAACAAUCAGGAAGUCCCCAGCAUUGAUGGACCGGUUUUCAAUAUCACGAAAGUGAACAGGUUGCAGAUGGGAGCAUAUCUUUGCAUCGCGUCUAACGGCGUACCGCCAACGGUCAGCAAGAGAAUAAUGCUCGUUGUACAUUUUACUCCAAUGAUUUGGAUCCAGAACCAAUUAGUGGGCGCACAAGAAGGCCAACAAAUGACGUUAGAAUGCCAUUCCGAGGCAUUUCCCAAGUCCAUCAAUUAUUGGACGCGAGAAAACAACGUCAUUAUAGCGAACGGGGAAAAAUACGAGCCAUCCUUUUCGGACAAUGUAUACAAAGUACACAUGAAGCUUACGAUACGCUCAGUCGCGAUGUCCGAUUACGGCAGUUACAAAUGCAUAUCUAAGAACUCCCUCGGCGAAACGGACGGCAGCAUCAAGCUCUAUCACAUACCAACGCCUACCACAGAACCGACGACGACGAGUACACUGCCCGUUCCUACUACCGUGGAUCCAGUGGAGAAUAUCCAGUGGUCGCGACAAAAGCCCAUGCCCAGUUUAGAGCCGAGCUCUAAUGAAAUAACCGAUGCAUCUUUGUCGACCGUCGUGAGAAGCGAAGAAACGCGAAUUCGUGGCAGGCCGAGUCACGAAGAGAAUCACGAAGCUGAGAAUGUCAUUGAUACUAAUAGUCAUAAAAACGUUGACAAUGACAUCGGGCAGCGAAGAAUCGACAAUACGGCGCAAUCGAUGUCAUCUAAAAGCAGCACGUGGCAUUGCGUGACGCGAUCCAGCGCAGCGAUUUGCAUAAUCAUGCUCUCCGCCCUGUCGUAGUCACGGAGUGAGGAUGAUUGGUCGAUGUCCUUUCAGCUUGCAGCAUAAAUCCUACCAUCUUUCCUCAAUCGCGCAAGGGAUCAAUUAACUGAUGAAUAGCACACUUAUUGAAGGAUUUGCGGCUAUCAAUGGCCGAAAAGAAGACGAUUAUCAUAGUGAGACUAUGAAUUUAUCUUGCCUUUGAUAAGGCGACACAUUACUACUAUAAUAGAUCGUUAUAACAAACGUUAUAACGCGCCAUUCCUUUUUCUCUCUUGUUUUUAACUCUUUUUUAUUGUACAAAGAUGGUAAAAAACCAAGUCUGCAAUAUUGUAGACACGAAUAAUUAUUUUAUGUCAUAUCAACUUGAGAAAAAUAUGUAUUCAUAAUUAUUUUUAUAAAAUUCAUUAAUGCUAUAUUUUGAA